AUGCGUUCUUUCUUCACACUGCCCGUCCUAGCUGCGGUUGCUGCUGCUGCGCCUAGACCACAAGACAUCGACUUUGAUCUGAUCAAGCAGGCCGCUGACCCCGUUCUUAUCACUCCUGCUGUCGAUGUUGCUACUCAAGUGGCAACAGUAGCAGCUGUCACUGAACAGGCCGCUGCAGCCUCUGCUGCUGUCUCUGCAGUACCCGCUAUUAACAACGCUUCGUCCGUCAAUGAACGAGACAUUGUUGCAAGGGACUCGGCUUGCGCAAAGCAAAAAGCUGGAAAGGGACCAGUUGCCAGUCCUGAUACACCAGAGGCCUUCCUGGCUCUCAAUGAGUUGUCCACCCUCAGCACAACUGUAGCUACACCUUACGGCUACUCUCAAGUAUUCGCCGAUCAGAAGACGUCUCUCAGUGCUAGCGUGUACAUGGGUCUGCACACAUUGAACAGCUAUGAUGUCCCCGGAUGUCAGUCCAUCUGCGAUCAGAACCCUGGAUGUGUCGCGUUCAACAUGUACGCAGAGCGUGACCCGACUGUGAACCCAGAUCCAUCGCAGUGCCCCAACCCAGUUAGUACUACCAACUACAAGGUAUGUGAUAUCUCAGGGCUCAAGCAACGUCAGACUAACAUUUACAGUGCACUAUCUGGGGCGCACCCNGUAUCCAAGGAACAGGCCAACAACUUCGGCCAAUGGCGCGCGUCCUUCCACGUCGUCAUUGCUGCGUCCAACGCAUACAACAAAGAUGCACCUCCACCUUCCGUCGCCGGCUUCACCGAUCCUGUUGGCCUGGGAGGUGCCGUCAAUGCUCCCUUGGACUCCAAUGGCAAGGACACUUUCAUGGGCAGCAAGUUCUUCCCCUUCUCGCAGGAGCAAGGCUUUACCCUCGAGUCCUGUACCAGCGCCUGUACAGCACAGACGGCUUACAAUAAGGCUCAUCCUAACAAGGAUGGCAGCUUCAAGACUUGUGCUUUCGUGAAUGGCUACGUCCUUUCGAGAAAUGGUGUUCCUCAAGGUCUUUACUGCUCUAUGUACAGCCAGACGUGGGCCGCUUCCUACGCGACCAACUAUGUGAGUAUGACAAUAUCCGAGCGACAACUGUGUUUCGUACUGACCCAAUUGAACAGNGGCCAAUACCGCGGUUCAGUUAGAUACACUGUCAGCAACAGCUACGCAUAUUCCGUUGUCACCCGCCCCGAGAUCCCUGCUGGUCUUGAAUGCCCUCAGGGUCAUCCUGUACCCAACAAAUCUUGCAGAGAAUACUCUCUGGUCCCGGCAUCCGUGACGAUUCCAUCUCUCUUCACUGCAUCAGGCGAUUGGUCGACCUGUGGACUGGACUGUUUGGCCAACCCUGCAUGUCUCGCGUGGUCCACGUCUGACAAGAAGGGAUCAUGGCCCUACGACCCCUCGGCCCAGCCACCGCGUUGUCAGUUCUACACCCGAAGCGUAGCUGAUAUCAUCAAUGAGUACGAUUACGAGGAGUAUAGCUCGAAUGCUGAUGAUUCUUAUGCUACAUUGUUUGAUUACAGUUGCUUUGAUAGACAAGGUAUCUACUGCGGAGAGGGCCAGCAGAGGUAG